GCCUUCAGACAUUUGGCGGCAAAUUGCGACAUUGAUUUCACGGGGAAAUUUGUUUGAGCUUUUCAAACCCAUUGUUAUCAUGUUCAGGGGUUGGAUUUCUUCAGUUUCUUCCAAAAUAUCCAGGGCAUUAGGUGGUGCACUUGAUGCAGAGUUGGAGAGCGAAGAAGACGUCAACACGUCGUCAGAGAUAGAACACAUUGAGGAAGGAGAGCUGGCAGAGCACACUACCACUGCCCCAGAGAACUUAACCCCAGAGGAGGGGGGUGACAAGGUCACUGCGGAUGUGUUCCCGGGGGAGGAGGGUGAGGGUCGGGCGGUCACGACAGAGGAAGCCGUGGAUAGUAGAAACAUACCACCUGUCGUACAUAACACCUCGGGAACCUGUGUGGAUAUCUGUCCAGAGGAAGUUACCAAUCAGGCUGAGGAUGAGGGUGCGGGUUCAUUCAUUGUGGUUAGGGAGGACUUGGAAAUCAAGAGACCUGCAGGAAUGGAUAACUCUGCCUGGGAAAACAUCUCAGUGGUCCAGGAAUCCAGUCCUGAGAAAGCAGCAAACUCAUCCAAUUCAAGUUCUGUCAGAGCGGAAUCAUCUGAGUCGAGUUCUGUCGGAAUAAACUUGACAUCCGAGUCUAGUCCUGUUAGAGUGGAAUCGUCCGAGUCUAGUCCUAUCAUAGUAGAAUCGUCCGAGUCAAGUCCUAUAAGACUAGGGUCAUCCGAGUCCAGUCCAAUCAUAGUUGAUUCAUCCGAGUCAAGUCCAGUUAAAGAAGAGAGAACUGAGUCAAGUCCAGAAAAACCUUUUGAUUCGUCUGGAAGUAUUGAAGUCAUCCAUGUAGAGGACUCGGAUGAGGUUUCAGAAGGAAAGAAAGGACAGCCCAAACAAUCCAUGUCUGAGAGUAUUGUGAUCAUUGAUGAGGAGGUCAAAGGUCAACCUGAGCCUCAUUGUGGAAGUGACCUGGCAGUCACGGCAGCCAUGAUGGAGUCUGUGUGCCGAGAUCUGGAUGGGACCAAUAUAAGCAAAGCUGAAAAGACAGAUAGUGGAGCCGAGGGGACAGUAGGUUCAGAAGAACUGACAAGUAAACAAGGCUCAGGGGAGAAUGUGAUUCCAGAGGAAGUGAGGAACAGGAAGAUUUCAGAGGUCCAGGAAAUCAGCAUGCUUCUGUCGGAGGAGGACACGUCUAUCAACAUGGAGGAGCUCUCUCAGAGAUCCUCACAGGGGAAAGAGGAUGAUCAGGGCAGUGAAGAGAAGGAGGAAAAUAUCAGCAAACAAAAGGACAUAGAGUGCAAAGAAGUGGAGGAGCUAUCUCAGAGGUCCUCACAGCAUAAAAGAAAUGAUCAGGGCAGUGAGGAGAAGGAGGACAAUAUCAGCAAGCAACAGGACAAAGAGGGCAAAGGAGUGGAGGAGAUAUCUCAGAGGUCCUCUCAGGGUAAAGGGGAUGGUGAGGGCAAAAGAAAAGAGGAGCAAAAUAUCAGCAAGCAACAGAAUGAAGAAAAGACCUCUGAGAAGCAAGAGAAGGGGGAUAAACCAGAUCAUGAGACCAAAAAGGCACAGAAAGGAGAGAAGACUAAGUCUACAGAAGUAGAACCGGAGGACUAUCUGGAAUUUGUUCUACAGAAGACGGCACAAGGGGAGGUAGUUCCAGCCAAACACCUCAUCUAUAAACUGGGCCUGCUGAAUGUGGACCAGAAAAUCAUAGAGUCGGCCAUACUAGACCAGUACAAAAUCGCCGUCAAACGCAAGUUCGUAGUUUGGAUUGAACACUGUCGGUACCACGCUGAGCUUCUCUUCUCUCCUCCCUGGAUAGCAGAUCACUUGCCAAAACUUGGUAGUAAUAGUGCAAAGGAAAAGAAAAGAUGGCAGGCUAGAAACCAAAGGAGAGCCAAAAGAUGGGAAAGAGAGGCCAGUGGUAUGUGUCGGGACGUGAGACUAGAGAAAGACCCAAACAUCGACAUUGUGAGGGAGAACGCUGCAGGUGACCUGGAGAAAGUUACUGACAAAUGUGAUGCUGACCAUAAGACUAAAGACAUUGUAAUUGAGGCGGAUAUUCAUGGUGAAGAGCAAAUUGAGGAAAUUAAAGCAGAAAAAGCAGUCUCGGUUGAGGAUGAAGUUAAAGAAAGAGGCAAUGUAGGACCAGUUGACAAAUCUAGUGCUAAUCAAGAAAAAAAAGACAAAAUUGAAGAAAAUGUUCAAAAUGUUAUUGAGGAAUCUAGUGCUAUACUUGUAUGUCCUGCUAGGAUUGCUGAAGAUGACACACAGAAGAUUGACACACCUAGUGCUGACAAAGUCUUUGGAGAAAAUCAUGACAGGAGAGAUGUCUGUGAAACCUCUAAAGAACUAAAACAAACUGUACCAAGUGCUGAAUCCUCAGUAAUAUCUGAAAAUCUUCACGAAGCAGGAGGUGAAACUGGGUCCAAAUCUGGAGCUGCUGUUGCACAAGUUGAUGUGGUACAUAGGAAGAAGGUAUCACCGUGUAAGAAGGGUAAAUCUGUGAAGGCCAGGGAGAUUGACCUUUCUGCUUGUAGAAGAGAGGGCAUGGAGGCGAUUGAGGAGAGAGAAUCCCAUUCUGGAAAAGAAAGGAGAAAAUCUGACUUGUAUGAUAAAAGGAAGGAUAGAGUAGAUGAUAGUGUGUCAAGGGAAUCGAAGAAACCAAAGACUGAGCAGGAAUCAAUGGUUUGUGAAAUGUCAAUGAAACAGAGCAAAGAUGAAGAUGAGAACAGGUUAAGAACAGACAAACGUGACAUUGUAUCAGAAAAGAAAGUAACAAUUCCCAGUGAUUCAGACUUGUUCAAGGAGGUGGAAGAAUAUGCUAAUGAAAUUAUUCAGUCCAGUAUUGAUGUUUUGAGCCUUGAAGAAAACAAACCAACAGACAUUAAUUCAAAUAAUGGACAGCAUCAGUCACGCUCAACUGAGAGAGUAGACGAAAUGAUACCAAACUUGGCAGAACUGUCGAUGGAGUCUAAAAGUGCUCAGCAAGAAAAUGUAUCGAGAGAUGAAAUUACAGCUGAUGAGUCUUCUAGACUACCAGUAUUUAGUGAAUUGAAUGAUGCAGGAGCAUCAGAAAAUCAAGAUUUCAUAUAUCCAAGCAUACAGCAGGUGAUGUUUGAGGACAGGUCAGAGCACAUGACUUCCAGUUUAUCCAGUUUUACAGAAACAGAAAUUGACAGUAGUCCAUUCCUAAGGAAGGAAUCUGAGCAAGAAAUGCUGACAACUGCCAAUAGAUCACCACUUGCUGAGUUUUCAGAUUCUGUAGCUAAUGAGAAGGUGUUGGACUACAUAGAAAAGAGCUGUGAGGAAAGCAAGCCUGAGUAUAGCCACUUGGAGACAGAUCCAGGUACUUUAUUGGUCAGCCCAGAUUAUGUAGUGUCACCAAAGUUUGAAGUUCCACCAAACACACCUGCCUCUGGUUGUGCAGAAAUUUCUCAGCCUGCAAAGUUGAAAAAUCUCAAUUUGAUGCAGAAUAAAGCCAAAUUGGAGAAAGAAGUGGCUGAUUUGUUGUCUGGAUUGACAUUGAAAUUCAGGCAUCCAGUUGGGUCAAACCUGGAAGAAUUUCAACCCAAUGAUUCAGACACUCGUACAAAGACAGAUGAUGAUAAGCAUAGUUCUUUGAAAAGUAAAAAAACCGAAGUUAGUGAUGAUGAUAAAGAUCAAUCCAUUCAGACUGCAGAUAGUGCCAUAAUAUCAGCCAACAGCUUUGACACAUCAGUAGAAGAACUGGAGAAGAUAGAUAUUUGUGUGAAGCAUGACCUCAGUGCAGCAGAGGAAGGGAGGUGCAGUCCAGAGGAGUACCUGUCUCUGUUACAACAGGUGCUCCCUAACGUAACAUCCAUCACCAAGCUGAAAUCGGAGCAGGACCAUGGUAAUGUUCAAUGUAAUGUUGUCUCAUCUAGCAACAAUGCAGAGUGUGUUCGAGAGAGUGAUUCUUUAGUAAGUGAAGAAAGUGGUGCUGAAAUGUGUAAAUCACCCACAGAAGUAGUCAAUGAUUGUGAUUUGUCUGUGGCAGAGAAUGUUGAAGUUCCUUGCAAAUUACCUAAUGAUACAGAAAAGAAAAUUUCUAUUGAGAAGGCUACUGAGGUGAUGGAAGAGGAACUUGAUGCUGAUCAAGAAGUGUUUACUUCCAGGGAUGAUCUUGCUUUGGAAGACAGAGCCAUGAAUAGACCAGAGGACCCACAUAACUACUGCCUCAGUCAAAGCGAUGGAGCAAGACUUUUUAAAAGUAUGUACGAAGUCAAGAGACCUGAGGAUUUGCUUGAUGGCGUCUACCAUUCUGAUGUUACAAAGAAACGCUACAAUUCUGCUAAAUCCUCCACAUCCAAAAGCAGUGAGAGUGAGGGACAAUUUACCAAACUGAAAAUGUCCAGAAAGCUUUCCAAGUCUGAUGAAAAAUUGAAACAGACCUCAAAACCUCCCUGGAAUAGUAACACUAAAGUGAAUCAUGGGAAGACUGGGAACAUUACUCCCUCAAGAAUACCUAAAGCUUGUAAAACCAAAUCAGGGAGUCUAUCAAAUACAAAGCAGAUGGUGGAGAAGUCGAAAUCUGUGAAGGGGAAAAGUGAAGAUUUACCUUUAGAAGCAAAAGCAGAAGUUCUGAACAAACACUAUGGUGGAGAUGUUUGCAGUACUGAUGAUGCAUAUCAGAAAAUUGACAAAGAUAAGCAUGGUCAUGUUGGAGAUGACAAAAGUGCUUUUUCAAAAGACAGUCUGAAAAAACAGUCUGCAGUGGAUAGAUCUGUCAGUUCAGAGAAAAAAAGGAAUGCAGAUCAAGCUCAGAAGGUUCUGUCUGAAAUAGAAAAAGGAAGAUGUGAGAUGGAUCAGGUGGAGAGAUCCCUGGAAUCCAAAGUGGAUUCCUGUUGUCAGUCAGUCCAAGCAAGUGGAAAUGUGGAGGAGGAAGAAAACCAGAAACCUACUGCAUCCGCAUCCACUAAAGAGAAAUCUGUACCCAAGUGGAAGAGCAAGAACUCCAAAAAGAGCAAAGGUCGACAAAAGAAUCGGUGGUGAAAGUGCAAAGAAUUUGUACCUGGACUUCAUAUAUUUUUUUUUUGUUGAAUCAGUUCUCAUUUGGUCAGUAUUAUUCAAACUUAGAAAUCUUUUAUUCAUACAGAGUUUUGUAAAAGAAUCCUCACGAUAAUAAAUAUAUUUUGAGCUAAUAUUUUUUUACAUUUUAAAGUUAAACGUGAUAAAGCAAAUCCAACAGUUACAUGAA